AUGCAGAAACUCAAUCCGGAGAUAACAGCUUUAGUCUUAGUUGAUAUUCAGAAUGAUUUUUUACCCCCUUCAGGUUCAUUGGCCAUACCAAACGGAGAUGCGAUCUUACCGGUUGUUCAUCAAGUUUUGGAACUCGACUGGGCUUUGAUCAUCGCCAGUCAGGAUUACCAUCCACCUGAUCAUAUUUCAUUUGCGUCAAAUCAUCAACAAGAAGCAGAAUGUCCACCAAAAAUUGAUCCUAACUCUGGAAUUGCUCUAUGGCCAGAUCAUUGUGUUCAAGGUACUAUAGGUUGUGAAAUUGAAAAUGGAAUUAAGAAAUUGCUUUCUCAACGUGAUCAAUUGGUUCAGUUUGUGAAAAAGGGUCAAGAUCCUCAAAAAGAAGAAUAUUCAGCCUUUGACUCAUCAGGAACGAUGGAUAAGCUCCUCAAGUCUCGAAACAUAUCCACACUGGUUUGCAUGGGUUUAGCAGCAGAUUAUUGUCUUGUCGCCACCGCUCGCUCUGCACUUACUUCUGGCUACGAAGUUUAUUGGCUCAGCUCAGGUACACAAGCAGUUGGAGGCCAAGAAGUUCAAUGCAAGAUAGAAGCCGAAUUAAUCAACGAAUUCCCAGAAAGUUAUAAAGUGAUCAACCUUGAAGAACUUCAGUCAUACUUCCAAUAA